AUGCCCGCCACACUAACCAUUGAACAUUUUUACAGUUUGCCAAUGUUCUUUAUUUGGAAUCUCCGGUGGGAGUUGGAUACUCGUACUCUACGGAUGGUAUACAACCGCAGUACUCUGAUGAUCUGGGAAGGGGAGGGCACAAAGGCCCGGACAGCAGCCGAGAACUACGCGGCUCUUGUGGAUUUCUUCAAUCUCUAUCCUGAAUAUCAAACUCGACCCUUCUACACGACUGGUGAAUCGUAUGCUGGUGUAUAUAUUCCUACACUUUCAGCAUUGCUCAUAAAAGGAAUACAGAGUGGAGCACUGAAUAUUAAUUAUAAGGUAUGA